CACAUGCCAAGCAAUUGAGUAGGGCAAUGGAGCUGCUAGGAAUACUACUGAUACCGCUGCUGGGGCUGAUCUCGCUAGCUUGCUGCCAAGAGGCGACUACAACCAGUCGGCCGUUGGUUCCGAUACGCCCGCGCAUUGUGGGCGGACGUCGCGCCAGCGCUGGGCAGUUCAAUCAUCAGGUGUCGCUGCGCUACUUUGGCAGUCACAUUUGUGGCGCCUCCAUAAUAUCGGCCAACUAUGUGCUGACUGCGGCGCACUGCGUCAAGUUUGGCCAAGAUGUCACAGAUCCGUCGAGGCUGGCGGUGCAGGCGGGUAGCCUGAAGCUCAACAGCUUCGCUGUCUAUGUGGAUGUGGCAGGUGUCGAGGUGCAUCCGCUGUACAAUAAUGGAGGACAGGGCUAUGAUAUUGCCCUAUUGCGUCUGGCCAGGCCGCUCAGCCUCAAUGCGAGCAUUGGCGCCAUUAAUCUGGCCGAGCAGGAUCCGCCAGUUGAUUCGAUUGUGCAGAUUUCCGGUUGGGGUGCCAUCUACCAUGGCGGACCCACCUCCAACGACCUGCUGUAUGUGCAGGUGCGCAACAUUGCUCGCUCCGCGUGCACCAGCCGCUACAUGAGACGUCUGCCCUCUACGACCAUGUGCCUGCUGCAUGGCGCCAACUUAGGCGCCUGCCACGGCGACUCCGGCGGACCAGCGGUCUACGAAGAUCGCCUCGUGGGCGUCGCCAGCUUCGUGCUGGGCGGCUGCGGUCGCGAAGCGCCCGAUGGCUAUGAAAGCAUCGCUACCCUGCGCAGCUGGAUAAUUAGCAAUUCCGACCUAUGACCCAUCGGGCGUCCUAUGAACAUCUUCGUAUUUGCAAUGAAUUCACGCCUUGUUAAUAAAUAAAUUUGUAACUAAA